AUGAAACAAGCGUCCGGCAACUACUAUUAUGGGAAAGCAACAACAAUGAAAGCAAUGAUUCGCCUAGCAGCCAAAACAAACAAGUACUCAGGCUACAAUUCUAAUUCAAGUGAGCCUACGGAUGACAUGAAAUCAACUAUUGAUCUGAGUGAUUUAGAGAAUAGCUCCGAGAAUAGCUCAGGGAGUGAUUCAGACUCAAGCUCCGGGAGUAAUUAUGUGAAACAGCGAAGUGAAACGAAGCGAAGCUCAGGCUACGGGUACGGCAGUUCUGAUGAAAGCGAUGGGAGUUCUGAUGACAAGACUACUUCUGAAACGACUGAUGGGACUACUAGCUCAGGUGGCAACGAUAGCAAUAACCAUAACAGCAACGAUAGCCAUAACAAAGAGCCUUUCCAUAAAGUCCCAAGGUAUGGAACCCCAGAAAGAGGCUAG